AAAAAGUUUAGAAUGCAGGAAUUCUGUCCCGUGCGCUGGUAUUUAACCCGUUGUGCCUGCUAUUUUUAUUAACCUAUUUUGUAUAUGUGCAUGCAUGUAACGUGUGCGCUUCUGUCUCUGCAUGCUUUGUCUGUUUUACUAACCAGGGUCCGUACUUGGUUCACGGAGAGCUGAGGACAGAAGGAGGUGACCGAAUGGGUGCAUAUGAGGGGCAUCUGCGAAAGGGCCAGAUGGGCUCCCGUGUCCUCUCCCGUCAUGACACGCUGGAGUCAGAGACGCAGGGCAGCCGGGACUCUGCCUAUACAGAGCCAGGAGACUCCUGCAUGGACAUAGAAACGGACCCUUAUGAAGACCCAGAACCCAAGAGCCAAGGGGGCAACAAUUUCCAAGGAGGAGAGCGUGGCCGGCUCCAACGUCAAGGUUCUUGGGAGGAGCUGGGUCCAGAUCAGGAGAACCUCCAGCAGAGGAAGAGGAGGGAAUCCCCAAGGCCCCAGGGGAAGGGCAGAGAGCAGUACUGGCACGAGGGGGAGGGCAGAAACAGGGGCCAGCUGGACAGUUGGGGGAGGGAUGUGUGCAUUCGUUAACAGCCACUGCCAUACUACCCCUGGAAUUAAAGGAAGGAGGCAUCACACACCGCGGUGGUCACAAUCAUGUAAUGCACACCUUCGUUAACAUACCAUUUACAUAUGCCAAACAUUUGUCACGCAAGUAUUCACAAACCCUUUUAUCACUCC